AUGGAAGAUGAAGUAGCCAGAGACUCUACAUGGACUCGAGAGCAGGACAGGGCUUUCGAGAAUGCUCUGGUUGCAUAUCCCGACGAGGAUUCCGAUGAUCGGUGGGAAAAAAUUGCCACCGAUGUUCCCGGAAAGACAGUGGAAGAGAUUAAGCAUCACUAUGAGCUAUUAGUUGAGGAUUUAGACCGUAUUGAAUCUGGUAUUGUUCCUCUACCUUGCUAUAGUUCCUCUUCAGAGGACUCUGCAAACCAUGGAGGUGAUGAUGGAAACAGUAAGAAAGGUGGUAACAGUGAAUCCGUUCAUGGAGUUAAGUCCUCAAAGUCAGAUCAGGAGCGCCGGAAAGGUGUUGCAUGGUCAGAAGAUGAACACAGAUUAUUUCUUCUUGGGUUGGAGAAAUAUGGGAAAGGAGAUUGGAGAAGUAUAUCCAGGAACUUUGUGGUGACAAGAACUCCUACUCAAGUUGCAAGCCAUGCACAGAAGUAUUUCAUUCGUUUGAAUUCAAUGAAUAGAGAAAGGAGGCGAACAAGCAUUCAUGACAUAACUAGUGUCAACAAUGGUGAUGGAGCUGCAAUCACUGGUCAAACAAAUGGUUCUCCGGCAGGUGAAGUUGCAAGUUGGAAACCUGUAGAAAGAAGGAUAACGAUGCAAACUAUUGUUACUAUGUGAUAAAUCACAGAGACCAACAUGUUCUAAGUUGGUGGUACUAUGGCAGGUUUAAGGAGCUUGGUGUUAUGCUCGAUUGAAAAAUCAAUUCAUUCAUUCACAUUUGAAGUUGGACUCCAUGAACGGGUGCACCAACGGAUUUGGAAACCCAUGUUAUCGAUGUUGGAAAAACAUUAUUUUUCUUCUUUAGGAAAAUAUGAUUUUUCAACGACUUUAGAGACGUAUAAAUAUGUAUAUUUUGUGGUCCGGUUAUAUGAUAUUUAAUGGGGUUGCAUACUUGCAUUCUUCGUAUAUAGUGCUUCGUAAAGAUGUAUUGUAUGUUUAAGUUUAAGUUAAUGUAUAUAUGAUAUCGACUCUCAAAAAUCAAAGUGGGAUCUUUGGAAUAAAAGAUGGAAUUUGGC